AUGUACAAACUGGUGGUGUUGUUUGGCCUGAUCGCUUUAUCGGCUGGAAGUGGUAUUGCUCCUCUUUGGGGAUCUCACCUUGCUGCUCCUUUGGCAGCACCCUGGGCUGCGGCAGGCCACGUAGCUGUCGCUGCUGGUCCUGUAGGAGCUUACAAUUACCGUGGUCCACUUUCUCUCGGACAUGGCCAACCGGCCAGCAUUUUGGCUGCUGAUGGAAGGCCCCUAGAUACUCUUAGUGUAAAUGUCGAUAAAGCUGUACAUUACACCGCUAAAGCUCUUGAAGGUGGACAUUGGUUGGGCAAAAGGUCAAUCGUCGCUCCUUUGGCUGCUGCUCCCUUAGCUUGGUCCCAUGCGGCAGUCGCUGCGCCUGUGAUUGCACCUGCACAUGUCGGUAUUGCUCCAGUGGCUCGUAUUGCACCCUGGGGUUUGGGCCAUGGUCUUGGACAUGGUCAUCUAGUGGGUAAGAGGUCGGUCAUCGCUCCGUGGGCUGCUGCUCCUCUUGGAUGGUCACAUGGUAUUGCUGCAGCACCCUUACUUGCACCCGCACAUGUUGGUAUUGCUGCUGCUCCUAUUGCACCUUUGGGCCACGCUCGUCUCGGACACUGGUAA